ACAUUUGGAGGUUUCUAACCCAAUCUCCGUCCUGCUGUCUCAAGUGGAAAUGAGUGAUUUUACGGCAUCAUUUCGAAGAAGAGUAGCCGUGUUUACUGUGGCCAAUUCCUCAUUCAGGAUCACAAAUAAAAGUUUAUUUGGUACAUUGUAAGCAGAAAUGGAAUAGAAAAAUGUGAAUUUUCUUGAAAAUGAAACCUCGGACCAAAACUAUAGAUAGCAAAUUAGUGUCCAACCGAUUAACAGUACAUGGAAAAUCUGGAAGAAGUAAAGGAACACUGAGAACGUUACCGCGAGGAGCUAAUAAAGCAGCAGAUAUCAAAUUAAAACCUUUUACAGGGAAAGUUUUUUACCUUGAUCUGCCUUCAAAUAAAAAUACUGAAAGCUUAGAGAAGGAUCUACAGGAUCUAGGAGGGACAAUUGAAAAAUUUCUCAGCAAAGAUAUUAAUUACAUAAUUUCUAAUAGAAAUGAGGCUAAGUUUGUCCAGGCUGCUGGGAAAAACUCUCCCAUACCAAGCCCAGAUUCUGUUCAUGGUAACACAUCUCCCCAUCUGAGCAGUCGGAGAGAAAGCCAUGAAGGAAGCCCACAUCGAACUUUGGAGAUGAUAAGCAGAGGAAAAAGUUUUGUCAAGAAGGUUAUCAAGGAACAGGAUUUUGUUCCUGGAAACAACAUCCUUUUGAAUGCCCUGGCAUGGGGAGUGCGAAUACUUUAUAUAGAUGAUGUGAAAACUUAUAUUUCAAGAAAGAAGGAGUCAUUUGUAACGACAAACUCUAUUGCCACAAUCAAUGGGGAGAAGUCCAAUCGAACUGCCCAAUCUAAUAGUCAUAGAACAAAAGCAGGAAAACUGAGGAAACCUUUUAUCAAAGUUGAAGCAAUGAGCCGCCAUUACAGACCAUUGUAUAUACAGUUAGAUUGCUACCCAGAGAUCAACUACCUUGGUCCAAAUCCCUGGAGUCCUUUUGAUAUGGACAAGAAAAGCAAGACCAAUGAUAAGCAAAAUAAAGGAAAGGCUAGCAGAAGUAAAUGUCACAAAAUAGCAUGCAGUGAAAAGAACUGCAAAAUGGACACAAAAAUCACAGAAACUUUGAAAGAGAAGAAGAAGAAGGGUUACUGUGAAUGCUGCAUGAUGAAGUAUGAAGAUUUAAAAAUUCAUCUGAAAAGUGAACGUCAUAAGAAAUUUUCAGAGAGCACAGAAUUUAAUGUUGUGGAUAAAAUAAUUUCACAGUUCGAUUGUGAUUUUAUAGAACUCCAGAGAGAUAAAGUGAAAAGGACAAAGUGCAGUAUUGGUGUAAACACCUAUGAUUUCACCAAGAUAAGUAUUGCAGGAAUACAUGAAGAAUUUCGAAGACCGUAUAAGGAGCAUGUGGAAGGAAAUAAAUCCUUAAUAAUGUGCAACACAAAGGAUUAUGAAAAUGUCAGUGGAUGGGAAACUAAGCAAAGUACUUUGUCUUUCCAAGGAAAAGACAUUGUAUCUUCAGGUACCCUGAAUUCGCCUAGCCAGAUAUUACCUUUGUCUACACCAAGUCAUGUUAGCAUUUCUGAAAUGCUACUUCUGUCCACUUUUGUUAACAAAAAGUCCUUUGGGGAAGGAACACCUGCAGUUAAUUUUGAAAAUCAGAAAAAAGAAACAAGCUGGCAUAGUUUAUCUUUGUGCCAAGGGGACAAAGGUAGUUCCAUAAUUUCAAAAGUCUGUAUGUCGGAACAAUUGCAUCACCUUGGAAGGUUACCAGUUGAGAGCUCUCCAUCUGUCACCGAAGAAUCAUCGCGUAAGCACCCGUUUGAUCAGGAUGUGUGUGAGACUAGGUCACAACCAAAUUCCACUGUAUGUUCUGACAGUGAUGAAAUCAAAACUGGGCUACAUAAGUCAUCCAAAAAUAAUUUGCAACAUAAGCGCAAAGAACUGGAAAGUCCAAUCCUGCAUGUUCCCAAGCAUUCUAGGGUAAAUGAUCAUGAUCCACGUGAUACUGCAGCAGCCCCUAUUGAACGUUCAUGCAGCCCUGUACAGACACAAUUGUUUUUUGGCAAGGGAAGAAGUGAAGAAUUGAUGCAUAAUAUAAUAGUACCUUCGUUUAAUUUAGCUGCACAUCAAAACACUGAAUUGGGUCCAAUUCCUCCAACUAUAUUUUCUUCACCCUGUACAAAACUGCAUCGAAAAGUGAGAUUUUCAGCUGUUUAUGGAAGAAAUAAAAAGAAGGCUCAAGAUCAUAGAAUGGAAAUAAGUUCUCUUGCAAAAGAGAGGUGCUUGAUAGAGGAAGGUGAAGCUACCAACUUGCCAUUGAAAAGUUUGCUGGAAUUAUUUCAAACUAGUGAAAACAGUGGUUCUGAGUUUUCGGGCUUUACCGAUCAUUCAUCACAGAAAAUGUCAGGGAUGUGGGAUAGCGAUCAACCAGAGAAUAUCCUGUCAAUUUUUGCCCAAUCAUCAUCGUUAUCAUCUUUUCUUGGUUUCUAGUGCAAUGCUUAUUUGUUUAAAGAAUGACAUGAAGGAACUACAAUUUUAUUCAUGUUCUACUUUUACCAUGAAUCCGUUCUGGUUACAUAUAGGUUUUUUUCAGUUUGAUCACUUUAAUGUGCCUAUUAGAAUUGAAAAUAGAAAAUAAAUGCUGUCUACCUACUACUUUGAGAACAAUGAGCCCAUUUUACCCUUUUUUUUGCAUUUUGUUUAACCAAUAAUAAGAUCACUUUGACCUAAACUUUUGUCCAUAGAUAGCAAACUUUGUCAGUAAAAUCCAAUAAUAAUUUUGAAUUUUUUCAUUUGUUCAUGGGAUGUGAGCAUCACUGUCAUUUAUUGCUCAUCCCUAAUUGCCCUAAAAAAGGUGGUGGUGAACUGCUGCUUUUGCCCUGCAUUACAUAUAAUUGCAAGUUUUUUUUAUAGAAGUGUAUAGCCAUUGCUGAAAUAAUUUAAAUUUUUAUCCAUACAAAACUUUUAAAUGCACUAUAGUUGUAAAGCUUUUUGGUGUAAAAAAAAAUCCUCAAGACGUGGAAUCAACAAUCAAUACAAAACAACAGGGGAAUAAAGUGGUUAAGUUACAGGCAGUCCCUGGAUUACAAAUGGGUUCUGUUCCUCAGUAUGUUCGUAAGUCAAUUUGUGCACAAGUCAGAACGCAAUACAAGAUGGUGUAAUGCAUCUGUUCAUAAGCACUACCUAAUGUUCACAUGUUGGAUUCUUAAAAGUAAUAGUAAUAUAGGAUCUUGUUCAUAAGUAUGAAUGUUUGGAAGUUGGGAACCACCUGGUAGCUGCUUUUUCUUUUGUGACUGGGAUACGGAUCUAAUGGAUGACCGGGAUCUGUGAUUGACAAAGACCUUUCCAACUCCAUAGAGUAAGUUUGGUUACUAGCCAAAUUUAGCCCCUGCCUGUGAAACGACACUGCAAAAUCUGGCAGUUUUACUUGGGUGAAGAGCAUAUGAGGUAGAGAAUUGAAAAUGCCAUAUCUAUAUUGUAUGGAGCUCUUCUUUUAAGAGAGAAUUGAAUGACAUUCAGUUCUGAAGAAAGGUCAUUAGACCCGAAAUUUUAACUCUGAUUUCUCUUCAACGAUGUUGCCAGACCUGCAGAGAUUUUCCAGAAAUUUCUGUUUUUGUUGGUAAUUGAGUGACAUUGUUGGAAUUGGAUAUCUCUUACUCUGAAUGUGACCUCUUACCACAGAAUAUUGGAGAGACUGGAUCCUUAAAAAUGCGCAAUCAUCAUUUCACAAAGCUGAUAUCCGAUCUGUGAGCAUUUAAAAUUAGUAAAGGCAGAACUGUUAUCUAAUCCCUUUGAAAAGAGAUGCCUUCCGUAAAAGUAUAAGAAAAAUAAUGAAUAAUUUUCAUUGUAUACCCUCUUUUAACGUGGUAAAUCUCGCAAGGUCAUUUCAGGAGACUUAUUAGAAAACGUCUGAAGCUGAGUCUCAGAAGGACGUUUUGACAUCGAUGGCCAAAAACCUGAUCGGGGGAGAAUUUAAAGGGACUCCUUAAGGAGGUGAGAGACAGACAGUUUUAAGGAGGAAAUGUCAGAACUUGGAGCCUAGAUAACACUAAUCUGUAGAGGCUAGAACAUUCCUGUUGAGUUACCAAAUCUUACCUCAUGUAUUGAUUGGACUUUUGUCGGGGUAGGAGAAUAAAUUCUGCUCAAGUCUUCGUUGGUUGCUAUUCAGAAAACUGAUUAUCUAGUCCUCCACAGUUCAACAUGAAAAAAUAACAAUGGGUGUACUAACUAAGUUACCAGAGGUCAAGGAGCUGUAUCCCAUCAAAGGUGAAGUGAGAAUCUGAGUAAAAUGUUGUAAAGCCAACAGGAUGAGGUUGUAGUGCAUUGAAAAUAAUUUUUAAUGCUCUAAUCUCUGCCGUUAGUGCAGUUUAUUAACAAAUACACCUAUAUGCCUUGUGGCAAUCCAGAUUUUAAGUCUACUUAGUAUUUCUGAAUGAAUUACAUUAUGCCCUUCAAUUUUACAGUCCAAAUAAUAAAUUCUUAAGACUGCUAUGGGAAACAUCCACGUAACAAAAAUUAAAGAUACUUUUGAAUGUUGCUUCAACCAGUAUAAAACAAAUUAAAUUUAAUACAGUUAUAGCAAUGGGAAAUCCAGUCAUAAUCGAUAGUUGUCUGACAUCUAUUGAAAGGUGUGCUCUAUUUA